AUGAGUUCAAGUUUCACUGCCUACGAUGGGACUAUCGUGCACGCCCAAGGAGCUCUCCGCACUCUUUUCCAUCUGAUAGAAAUGGCAGAGCAGCAACCCAAUGCCGACGCUCUCAUUGAAGCUCGAAUCCAUGAAACCAUGAACCCAUUGAAAUUCCAAUUUUUCGUCAUCACCCACCUCGUCGAGCGAAUGCUACAGAUGCUCGCCGGACGGGAGCCGGUCGGUUCACAAGAUGAAGUCGCAUCUUAUGCUGGGGCCAAGGACCUGAUCCAACGAUUGCUGACAGCUCUCGAUGAAGCGGACAAAGAUACUGUUAACCGUAAUGGCCCUGUUAUCACCACUAUGAAGCUCGGCCUAGUCGAGCUCACCAAGAGUGGAACUGAGAUCACUACUACGAUGAUCAUUCCCAACAUCUUUUUCCACGUAUCGACGACUUAUGCGAUCUUACGGAAGGAAGGAGUUCCUUUGCUGAAGAAAGACUAUUUGUAUGCGUUUUUGCACCAGGGCAUCCUUCCUGUUCAAUGA